AUGACCCCCGCGAAAGAAGAGACUCCAGCCCAGCAUGAUCUAGGAGAGCCUGCUGCCGCUGCUUCUGCCACCACUGCCCCUCCCACUGCCGCUGCCGCUGCUGCUGCUGCUGCUGCUGCCGCGUCGUCUCCGGAAUCCCUCAGCUCGCUAUCUGAAUGCGAAAGCAUCGCGCCACCCGCCCACUUCAGCACGCACAUCGCCCCGACCUCGCACCCCGACGACAGCAGACCGUCGGAGCAGCCCCUCUCCUCCUCUCUCCCGAGCAAGACCGCCGCCACUCCCACUGCCGCUUCCACUGCAGCGAUGACGACGACGACAAACGCGAGCAGCAAGAAGAAGGACGCACCAGCCACAAGUACAGACACGAGCCACAUCCCCGACGGCCAGCACCAGCCACAGCAGUCCGCCAAGCCCAAGCGAUCCCGAAAGAGGAAGGAUGAGGAUCCCGCCAAGGAGGGAGCUCACGUGAAGCCUCGCCGCCAGCGGAAUGCCGCCGGCACAAAGGGCGGCGGAGCGAAGGCGGACAAGUCGGCGGGUGCCAAUCCCUCCGCCGGCGCUGCAGCAUCGUCCGCUGCACCCUCCACCACCACCACCUCCUCCCGCAAGAAGCAGAAGCUGGACCACCCGCCCCACGUGAAGCCCGCUCCCGCUCCCGCCCCGCGCCAGUCCAAGAUCACCGACCUCGUAGAUCCCUCCCCUGCUCCUCCACCUCAACAUGUCUCCGCGCCGCAGUCUCCCCAACCUCAAUCCCAACCUCAAUCCCAAUCCCAAUCCCAAUCCCAAUCCCAAUCGCAAUCCCAAUCCCAGCAGCAGCAGCAACAGUACCAACACCCCGCCGCUGCUCCUCCGCCUCCGCCGUCCAAUGCCUCUCGUUCGACCUCUAUCCUGAAUACACAGAGUGGAAGCUAUGAAUCCAGUCCGCACUACCACUCCCUCCCGCCGCAGUCCACCUCCACAUCAUUCUCCGCACCGCCUCCGCCACCACAGCAGCAACAGCAACAGCAGCGCAUUAGUGGCCAGCAUUAUGACCCCGUUCGCUCGUCGAUCGAGAGCUACUCUCCUGCAUCAGCUCCAGCCUCUACAACCCCGCCAAUCGUCAGCGGUUCGUCUACAAUGCAAAGGAGCAACACUUUCGGCACUCCACCUCCUCCACCCUCCAACACAACCCCUCCGCGCAACAUGUUCCGUGCCAGCGCCUCUCCCGCUAUCUCCAGCAUCAUUGACCCCCCUGAGCCCGUUGCCGCUCCUUCAUCCUUCCCGUCCACGCCAGCAAUGGUAGUCAACCCACAACAGAGCUCAUCAUCUCGACCCAGUAGUGACAAGCUGAAGCAGGCCGAACAACGCUCACAAGGCCCUGCGAGGCUUCAGGAGCUCGUUCCCAUGGACAUCGAUAAAGAAGCCACGUCUACCUCGUCAACAAUCCAAAGACCGCCAACUCCUACAAAGAAAGACAGACCCACAGGCAGUUCCAAUGGCCCCGCAUCUCGUGCGCAGUCGCCGAAACCAUCCCGUUCGAAGGAAGCACCGCCUCUCCCGUCGGGCUCAGGCCUACUCACCAGCGCCGUAUUCGGCCUCGACGUCAGCUCCUCCACACCCGCCGCGAAAACCGUACCCAACAUCAUCCUUCACGUUCCGUUAAAAGGCCAGAACAACGUGGUCAUCAAUUUUGCACGUCUGGCCGAAGAGCAAUACGGCUUCGACGCCCUGCAUCCCCGCAUCGCGGCCCAGAGAGAGCGGCGGGCGCGCCUAGCCGCUGCGAGCGCCGUGCUGGAGAAGAACGAGAAGAACGCCAGAGGUGAAAGUGGAGCGGAGGACGAUCUUAGUCUCGACGUGGAUCGGGAUAGUGACGUUGAUGGGGACAUCGUCAUGUCCGGGAUGGGGGGAGGCCCGACGAGCGAUGCUGCUAAAGACGGGGCUGCGCCCGGCGAGGGAAAGAAGCGCCGUAGGAAGAUGGAGGAUUACGAUCGAGAUGAUCCGUUCGUGGAUGAUAGCGAGCUGAUCUGGGAAGAGCAGGCUGCGGCGUGCAAGGAUGGGUUCUUUGUGUAUAGUGGGCCGUUGGUGCCGGAGGGAGAGAAGCCCAGUGUUGAAAGGGCCGAUGGAACUGUGAAGCGCGGUCGUGGGCGCGCUGCGCGUACCACGGCAAGUGGAGAAGGCAAGACAACCACCUCCUCCCGGGCCAAGAAGGACAAGGACGCCGCUGCGAAUAAAGAUAAGGAUUCCAAAGACAAGGAUGGCGAUGGAGAAGUGAAAGAGAAGCCCAAGGCCUCGCGUGCCGGUACGGGGACGACGAGAAAGCCGAGAAUGACGAAGGCUGACAGGGCGCUGAUGGAGAAGGAGAAAGCGGAGAGAGAGAAGAUGGGCAUGGGACUGGCUGGCAAGAACAGUGUUACUGCUGGUGGGAAAUGAGCUUUUUGUGUGUGUGUGUGUGUGUGUGUGUGUGUGCACUUCAACAGGGUCCUGGUUUUGCACGUUGUAUUGCUUAAGGAUUGGGCGAGGAGUGCUGCAUGGGAGCAUUGCUGGGUUGAUCUCUACGGAACCCCCUUUCUUUUUUUUUUCUUUUCUUUUCUUUUUAAUUUUCCCACCGGUUAAGGAGUUCUGGGAGUUUUAUCUGGAGGGAUCGCUGCGACGUGUUUUGAUUACUUUGACAUGCGUGUUUGUUUGCAUCUUUCUUCUUUGCUGGGUCUAGAUGUUCCGAGUUCGAAGAUGCUACUGGGGGGCUUUUGUUUUCCUGUUAAAUUUUUAUAGUCUCAACUAUGCCUGAAUAGGUUUUAGCCGUGCUGGAAUUUUAUCUUCCCUUCUUGAUGGGGAAGAAAAAAGAAUGUAUGAUAAUAAAUAAUCAGCAAAUAUCCUCUAUCCAUUUGCAGCCUUGCCCAUAAGUGGCCCCCGGUUGACCCCCAAUUAUGCGCCCUACUACCUUGUCUCCAUUCCCACACAAAAUAACCCUUCCCAGGAACCCCAGUCGUCGUGAAACAUUCGUCAAUAUAUAUACUCCGUAAAACGAUCGUAUGGAGCCAGCCCAUGCAUAUUCCUCUUUUUCUUUUGUAUGUUCAAUCAUGAUACGUCACGCUCAACACCUUGAACUUCGUCUUCUCUUCGCCAACACGCACACCCCCAUCCUCAUUAACGGAUAUAUACCCGUCGUCUCGAUCGUGGUACUUGAUGUAAUAACCCCUGCCCUUGUCCUCCCCUUCGCCGCGCACGAAAUCGAUAUCUAUGGCGACCGCGUCACGGCGUGGGACGAGCUUGCCCUCCUCGCCCAGCCAGACGCGUCGGUUGCCGCUAGAUAGGAGAUAUGGAGGGUCCUGGUUGAUGGCGGUAGUGUUGACGUCCGUGGAGGAGGUGGAAUUGUUGUUGUAGUAGUGGAGGACCCAGCGGGCGUCAGAGUUGCGAUAUAAGCUGUUAUAGUCGAGGUCAGGAUCGGGAUCGGAAUCGGAAUCGGGAUCAGCAUUGGUGGCGUCGGUGGUGG